AAACACAAAGACUCUUUCGUGCAACACAAGCAAAGUGUCUUGCAAAACAAGAAACCAAGAUGCUUGAAACCGUAGCAAUAUGGGGAAUAACCGCCAAGUCGGUGUCGAGUGUCAUGCUUAUUUGGGCGGUGUACUCGCAAUACAUCCCUCGCCAUGUCCGAUCUCAAAUGGAGAUAUACUUCUACAAGCUACUCGGAUGGCUCUCAUUCUACGUCCACAUCAAGUUCACCGAGCACACAGAAGAAGGUCUCAAGAGAAGCGAGAACUACAACGCUAUACGCAACUACCUCUCCACCAAUACCGCCGCUCGUGCUCAACGGCUAAAGGCCAACGAGUCCAAAAACAGCAAGUCGUUGGUGCUUAGCAUGGACGACCACGAGGAAGUUGAAGAUGUGUUCAACGGUGUGAAGGUGAAGUGGUACUCCAACGUGAAAGUGACUGAGACACAAUCUAACUACGGUCGGAACAACUCGUACGAGAGAAGGUUCUUUACACUCACUUUCCACAGAAGACACAGAGGGAUGAUCAUAGACACUUAUAUAACUCAUGUUUUGAGAGAAGGGAAAGCUAUUGGCGUGAGGAACAGAGAGAGGAAGCUGUACACUAACAACUCGAGCUCAGAGUGGUAUCCAUGGAUGUCAGGGAAGUGGAGUAACGUUCCUUUUCAUCAUCCGGCGACGUUUGAGACUUUGGCAAUGGAUCCUGAGAAGAAAGAGAGGAUCAAGAAGGAUUUGGUGAAGUUUAGCAAAGGGAAAGAUUAUUACAAGAAGGUUGGGAAGGCUUGGAAGAGAGGCUACCUCUUGUUUGGUCCGCCAGGGACAGGGAAGUCAACUAUGAUAUCUGCAAUAGCUAACUUCUUGGACUAUGAUGUGUAUGAUCUUGAGUUAACGACCGUGAAGGAUAACUCAGAGCUGAAGAAGCUGUUGCUUGAGACACAAGGUAAGUCUAUUGUUGUGAUUGAAGACAUUGAUUGCUCUCUUGAUCUUACGGGUCAGAGGAAGACAAAGAAGGAAGAAGAUGAAGAGGAAGAUAAGGAGAAGAAGAAGGAGAAGAAGAAAGAAGAUGAGAAAAAGAGUAAAGUGACAUUGUCAGGGCUAUUAAACUCCAUUGAUGGGUUAUGGUCAGCUUGUAGUGAUGAGAAGAUUAUUAUAUUCACUACAAACUUUGUGGAUAAGCUUGAUCCUGCGUUGAUAAGGAGAGGGAGGAUGGACAACCAUAUUGAGAUGUCUUAUUGUAGGUUUGAAGCGUUCAAGGUUUUGGCUAAGAACUACUUGGAGAUUGAGUCACAUGAGUUGUAUGGAGAGAUUGAGAGGUUGCUUGAGGAAACAGAUAUGUCUCCUGCUGAUGUAGCAGAGACUUUGAUGCCUAAAUCUGAUGAAGAAGAUGCGGAUGUUUGUAUCAAGCGUUUGGUCAAGACUGUGGAGGAGGAGAAGGAGAAGGCAAAGAAGUUGGCUGAGGAAGAAGAGAAGAGUAAAGCAGAGAAGGAAGAGAAGAGGAAGAAGAAGAAAGAAGAGGAGGCAGAUAACAAGAAGACAGAGGAAGACGAGAAGAAAGUUAAGGGAUCAAAAGUAAAUGGUGACCUAUCUGAGAAGAAUGGUACCAACUAAAAGGGUAUAAGGAAAAGAAGUGAAGCCUGAUGUGUGUUGUUUUAUUUGUGUGUUGUGUGGAUUGAAUAAGGUCGUUCUAUUAGGCCAUCUUAAGUAUCUACUUGGUUGUUGUAUUAGGCCGUCUUAAGUAUAUAUUUG